UCCCUUCGCCCAUGUCGCUGCUGCUGCUCGGCAUGUCUUACAAGCCAAACUUGAACGCGCACAUCGCCGCGGCGGCUCCCAUCAGCCAAGCCGGGAGCGUCCACUCUCCGUCCACAAGCAUGGCGGGGGCGGGGCAGUACAGGCAGCUGAUCAAUGACUAUGGGCCGCCGUCUCUGGGCUACACGCAAGGAGUGCAGCAGGGAAAUAGCAGCAGUCAAGUGCCGCAGAGCAAAUACGCCGAACUUUUGGCCAUCAUAGAAGAAUUAGGAAAAGAGAUCAGGCCCACCUAUGCUGGCAGCAAGAGCGCCAUGGAGAGGCUAAAGCGAGGCAUCAUUCAUGCGAGAGGACUAGUCCGAGAGUGUCUGGCAGAGACUGAGCGGAAUGCCAGGUCCUAGCCCUUUCCUGGCUGCGAGGUUUUCCAUCUCGUCUUAUGGAGGAGAGACCACCGAUUCCUUUGCGGGCGGCAGAGACGCUCAGUCGGGCCCUUUCAUCGGGCUGUUCCACUUCCCCCUCCCAGCAACACUGCCCCUUGCAAGAACGUGGGCAGGGAUCCAAAGAGCUACUUGGUACCCACCCAAGGGCUUCUGUGCUCAGUUGAGGCUUUGGAUCGUCCAGCAUUGAACAAGUACGUCCCCGUCCCCAACAGCUCCCCUGGGGUUGCAAAAGAGUUCGCCAUCCAGCACGGUGAGCGUCUAUUUGAGAAUGGCCAAAGGCCGCUUGGGCGGAGGGGCCCUGGCGUGGGGUUUGGGGAUCCUGGCCUGAGUCAGGAAGUCCCCACCCUCCCAUUAAACAUGAAGUUUGCAAAAUUUCAUUUCAGUUGGGACACACCCUGAAUUAGUGUGGAAGAUUUAAAAAGGAAACGAACGAACACAGCACCCUGCAUGCAACGUGUCCCUCUCCACCCGGUCAUCUUUCUCCUGCAGAACAUACUGUUCCUUCUGCUGGCAGGGAGCCCAUCAUCCCGGGGUUCUUCAGUCUGCAUUCAUGGGGAUGUUGGAGUCCUCAGCAGCUUUCCUGGGCUUCCUAACUGGCAAGAUCAGUAGAGGGGGAUGGGAUCCCUGAAAGGCCGCUCUUGCGCCACUUGCAGUCUUUGCCCGCAAUGGACAGGGGAGCAGUAGCCAUGUUUUAGGUCACGCUGUAGGUUCCUGCGGGACAACGGUCACCUCUGGCCAGCAGCCCACAUGAAUUGGGUGAGUCCGCCCACAAAGGAACCCACCAUCCCAGCCUCCUCUGUAACGCACCAGGUUUCCCCUGGCAAAGAUGCUGGGAUUUGGGAGACAGCCGGUGCAGAAAGGUAAAAUGUUUGGAAAGGAUGGCCUUAAUCCUCCAAAGUCAACCUGCCUCACAACUCAAACACUCUUACAGAUAUAGUGUUGAGGAGUCCAGAGGUCACCCCUUGUUUCCCCCAAUCAGGGGCCUCCCUAAUUGCAUCCUUCCUCCUUGCAUGACCAUUAGGGUUUCAGAGUCCAAUAACAGUGCACGAGUUCUACAAGAACAGCCUCUUCAGACCUGUGACAGGGCCCCAAAGGUCCCCCUGCCCCAGAUUUAAAUGGCAACUUUUCAUCUUUGUAUGUAUUUAUUACUUGAUGUAAUAAAGCUUAUUUUCAGAACAA